AUGCUCGAAGCUGUGCAGUUCAUUCACGAGAAGGGCAAUCUCGUUCACACGGAUCUGAAGCCGGCGAACUUUCUCCUAGCCAAAGGACGACUUAAACUGAUCGAUUUUGGCAUUGCACAGAAAAUCCCGAUUGGGACAAUCCACAUUUCUCGCGACGCCAUUGUUGGAACUCCUAAUUAUAUGGCACCAGAAGCGAUCAAGAUUGCCAAGGCACACGGCCGUCGUGUGUAUAAAGCGGGGAAAGCUAGUGAUGUGUGGUCACUAGGGUGUAUUCUAUACCAGAUGGUGUAUGGGCGGCCGCCCUUUGAUCGCUUCAUGGGCGAGAAGAAACUCGAGACAAUCAUGGAUCCACAACACCACAUUCCAUUCCCCCCACACCGUGUGCUGGAUGAUCCUUCGUCAGAGCGUGUGGAUCCACCCAUGCUAGAGGCACUGACAUCCACGCUUCAUUACGAUGCACAACAACGAGCAAGGAUCCCUGCACUUUUGGAAAGCGAGCUUCUGAACGACCACUUGCAUGAAACUGUAACUCUUACUCGAAAGACGUUGCGCGCACUUGUAGCACGCCUUCGACUACACUCGGUUCAGGGCGAGCUGAACGAAGACAAUGUGAUUCAGUGCACAGACGUACGUAUGAGGGAGCCAUGCACUCUUUGCUUUAGCGAGUCGUUGUCUUAUUUUACUAACAUGCUAGGACCUAUUUGA